AUGAACUCGGGACGAUCAUCUCGUGAAUGUCGAUACCAAUCACGAACCACCCAAGGUUUCCACUUCUUCUGGGCGUGCUGCAUCAACAUGGCCGGCGCGGCUCUCCUCCGCCUCGUCCUCUCAGCGCCACGUCCGUUCAUGUACGACCAGCGGCUGCGGCCGCUGACCGACCGUUACGAAACGAGCCACGGCCUGCCUUCUCUAGAGACCCACAUGGCGACGGUGGUGGCAGGGUGGUGGGCUGAAUCGGGUGGGAGCAACGGAAGCAGCACCGACAGCGGGGGCGACGACGGAGUGCAGCCGCUCGUAAGGCUACUUGCUCUCGGGUACAUCGCUUUCGUCGGAUUCACAAGGGUGUACGCUUGCAGUCGGUUUGUCCACCAGGUUGCUCUGAGCAUUGUUACGGGGGCUGUAGGGCUUGCCUGGGGCUGGCGGCUGUCGACUCACUUGGAUGGCCUGGCCCUAACGAUGCGGCAUCACGUGCGUGGAACUGUGGUUGUCGUCAUCAUCGCGUUGGGAAUGGUGGCCUACCAGGUGGAAAAUAACGAUAGCCAGCUGAUGGGAAUAAGGAAGCACGAGUACCUGAGGGUACUCUCCAACAUCGUCAAAGAAUCCCAACAGGCUCAGAGCGCUACUGUGGGGGGAGCAGAAAGUGAAGACGGAGCCGAGGGCGGGGAGUGGCUGCUGCACGACGGUGCCCCGUGGGAUGGAAGAGCGGUUUCUUCUAAAAGCAGGUGCCAGUCGAUGACCAAGGGCAAGGUACCCUGUACGAUAGAGCUCGAAGGAACGUAUGCGGCGGGCGAGCUCCGGACGUUCUGCAUUUUUUCCAGGUUCCGGGUGUUGUAUGUAGCUCAAGGUGAUGGAUGCAGGCAAGGUGUGACUUGCGCAGCAUAA